AUGGCAAAAGAAAAUAAAGAAAAAAACAUCGCCACUCCCAGGCCUGCCUCACAGCCAGACUCACUCACGCAGAGCACUCAGCACACGCGUAGUGUCAUCCGAGGUCCAGACUUCAAGCUGCCCCCGAGGGCAGAGCACGCGCCACUCAGCUGGUUCUCAGCGGACCUGGACCCCGCACGCUUCCGAGCCGCCGGCCGCCCGCCCGAGAGCGUGACAGGCGCGUCAGCCCAGGGCGGUGCCGCGGGAGAGGGCGGAGGCCGGAAGGAAGGGGACGGGCUCGGACAAAGCCAGCCGCGCCGGCCGCCCCCGCCCUGCGCGCCCCGGCCCCCUCCCGGGGCGGUUCCCGGGACCCCAGCUGGCCCCCCGCGGCGGGGCCGGGCCCGAGAUGCUGGCCGGGCGGGGCCGGGGCGAGGCGGGCGGGCGGAGGGCGCCCGGACCCGCAGGGGCCGCGGCGGGAGGGGGCCGGGGCCUGCGGGGGCAGCAGCCGCCCUGGGGGCCGGCCGGGGCCGGGGGGGGGGGAAGCGGACGCGCCUGCCCGAGGACCGCGGCCGGCGGAGGGCACACGCGCGCGGCCGGGGGGCCCGGGCCGGCCGCCGACUCACCGAGCUGCUCCCACGGGGCCGCGCGCUCGCGCUGUCAGCACCGGGAGGGCGCGGGCGCGUGCGCGGAGCCGGGGCCGCCGGGGGCCGCCGCCUCAGCCGCCUCGGGCGCGGCGCCGCGGUCACGAGCGAGGGGCGCUGGCGCCGCGGUCACGAGCGAGGGGCGCUGGCGCGGCCGCCCCGCAGCAUCCUCAGCCGCCCCCGCGCGCUGUCUCCCGCGGCUGCUCCUCGCAGCUGCAGCUCCGCGCCCGGCCGGCUCCGGGUCUGCCGCUCGCGCCGCCGAAAAUGGCGUCCCCGCGUCCCUCCCCCGGCUCGGCGCUCCCGCCCCAUCAUGCCGCGCGCCGCCGUGACGUCACCUGCCCCGCCGCCGGGGGGCGGGGCGGCCGCCGCGGGCAGCUCGGGGGGCGGGGAGGGCCCUCCUGGGGCGGCCCCGCGGGGGCACGGGGCAGAGGGGCGCCCGAGGGAGGCGCUGGCCGAGUCCGGCCGAGGGCCCGAGCUCAAAGGCACUGUCCAGGCUCUCCCCGCGGCCUCCAAGUCCUCGCAGGAACCGCACCCCAGGCUCAUGAGCGGGGUGGGCUGCUUACUUAACCCCUGCUUCCUGCCAAAAGCAGAGAUGCCACCUCUGCUGUCGGACCCCACCCGGCAGCCAUCGCCAGGGCACACCCCUGGCCGCGCGGUGCCACGACCUCCAGCCCAGCCCGAAGGGCAGUACUUCCAGGUCAGACCACGCUGCUGGGCCCCGUCCUGCUGCAUCGCGGCUCUGCGGGCCUGA